AUGUCGCAGGCUUACAGAUUCGACGUCGUUACAGCUUUCGGUGCUUCGAGUUUGAACAUUUCGGCAGAGGACUUCAAAGCUAGAAACGCAAAUGAGUUCUAUUCGGGCGGCGAUUUGGCCUGGGUGAUGAUAUCGAGUGGUCUCGUUCUUCUCAUGGUUCCGGGACUUGGGUUGUUCUACUCUGGAAUUUCAGAGAGAUGUUCUGCAAUUUCCAUGAUGUGGCUCUCUAUGAUGACUACAUCCCUUAUUGGAGUACAGUGGUUUCUGUGGGGAUAUACAAUCACUUUUCGCGGCUCUAGGAGAAUAUGGGGAGAUGACGAUAGUGUGGCCUUCCACAACGAUUUGACAAUUCCGUGGGGGAAUAAACCCGGCCCCAAGAUCCCUCAGUUAUUAUACGCCUUUUAUCAAGGAAUGUUUGCGUGCUUCACGGCAGCUAUCAUCAGCGGAGCAGCUAUCCGCAAAGGCAGGCCUCUUCAUUUCCUCGCCUUCAUCUUCCUGUGGUCAACUUUUGUUUAUGACCCCAUAGCUCGCUCGUCCUGGAACCCUGUUGGUUGGUCCAAUUAUUGGAGAGGAGAGAUAAGCGGUGUAUUUGACUUUGCUGGGGGAACGGUCGUUCACAUCGUCUCUGCAACGACUUCGGCAGUUUACUCCAUAUUCUUCAAAUGGAGACGAACAAUCUUUUGUCUUCCGCGCCUUCAGCCAGUCGACAGGGCCUCAUUAAAUCGACCCUGUAAGCCACAUAAUAUCCUGAAUGUUGUGCUAGGGACCGCUUUGCUCUGGGUUGGAUGGCUUGGAUUCAAUGGUGGCUCUGCUCUUGGUGCAAAUUUACGAGCUGUAUCUGCUUGUAUAUCCACUCAUUUGGCUGCUUGUGCCGGUGCUGUCACGGGCAGUCUACUCGAAUACAUUGCGGCUUCGAGGAGGGAUGUGGAUGCCGGCAAAUUUUCCGUUGUGGGAUUUUGCAAUGGGGCAGUCGCUGGGCUCGUUACCAUCACGCCAGCGGCUGGAUAUGUUCCAUAUUGGUCCGCUCCAAUCUUUGGCGUAGCUGGCAGUUUUUUCGUUGCCCUGUUCCAGGAUAUUAGUGAAGCCUACUUUGAUACCAACGAGAUUUUUGUCGUCCAUGGCGUGGCAGGAUGGGUGGGAAUGUUAUUGACUGCCGGACUUGCUCGUGCUGACGUUGCGGCUCUUGACGGCUAUACCAUUAUCGUUAAUCACAAGUGGGAACAGCUUGGAAUUCAACUAAGCGAUGGACUGGUGGGUAUGGUUUGGUCGGGCGGGAUAACCUUUCUCAUUCUCCUUUGUAUGGAAGCCAUUAUCAUCUUCACCAGAAGGUUGCGUGGCAUGCCAGAGCCUGACUUCCAGCUGAUCCUGGAUCAUGAUAUUAUCCUUGAUCACGAGCUCGGAGGUGAAUAUGCUGCAAAUACGAAGGAAUCAACUGGCAUCCCGUUAACCGGCGUCACCUCUUACCGAGAGGGCCACACAAUUCUGCCAGGAGUAGGCGAGCUUGAGGCGGGGACUUUCGAGGGAAAGGGCUCACGGCAAGAUGCUUCAAGAUCCCGAUCUAGACGUUUUGUGUGA